AGUGUCUUCUUGUUUGCUUUCUCAACAUAAACAACCAAAAAUCAUCUUUAUGAUGCAGAUGCACCCUUCCUCAAUGGCUGUACAUAAUCAGUAGAGUAGUCUUCUUUUUCUUCUCCUUGUAACAGACCUACCCACCUAUUUAACAGACCUACCUUUGUGGGACAAACCCUACAUCUCUUCUGUAGCUAAUUUUCUUCCAAGUAAUCAUGUCUGAAUCUGAUCAAAAUUCUGUAGAACUGCCUGUUCUUGAUAUCUCUCAGCCCUUACAACCUGCUUCUCUACUGUCUCUUGCUGAAGCUUGUAAAGAAUGGGGUUUUUUCCACAUAACCAGUCAUGGAAUCACCAAAGAUCUUUACGGCAGACUGUGUUUACUUUCCAAGAGCCUCUUCAGCCUCCCUUCUGACACCAAACUGAAGCUGGGUCCUUUCUCUUCUCUGAAAACUUACACUCCUCAUUUUAUAGCUUCUCCUUUCUUUGAGAGCCUCAGGGUUUCUGGACCAGAUUUCUUUGUUUCUGCUCAGAGUUCUGCAGAUGUUCUCUUUGACAAACAGAAUUCUGAAUUCAGUGAGGUACUGCAAGAGUACGGGAAGAAGAUGACAGAGUUGUCAAAGAGGAUCAUGGAGAUUGUGCUGAUGAGCUUGGGUGAAGGUUUUGUGAAGAAAUACUAUGAAGCAGAAUUCAAUGGAUGUCAUGGAUACUUGAGGAUAAUAAACUACUCACCCCCAGAUGAUUUCAAAGAAGAGGUUGAGGGGCUUGGUAUGCAUACUGAUAUGAGCUGUGUGACAGUAGUCUACCCAGAUGAGAUAGGGGGCCUGCAGGUGAGAUCAAGGGAGGGGAAGUGGAUGGACAUAAGCCCAUGUGAGGGUACCCUGGUGGUGAACAUAGGAGACAUGUUGCAGGCUUGGAGCAAUGGAAAACUAAGGUCAUCAGAACAUCGAGUUGUUUUGAAGAAACCAGUGAACCGGUUUUCUCUGGCUUUCUUCUGGUGUUUUGAAGAUGAGAAGGUGAUCUUGGCUCCUGAUGAAGUUAUAGGAGAAGGAAACACAAGAAUGUACAAGCCAUUUGUUUGCUUGGAUUAUGUGAAAUUCAGAGAGAGUAGUGAGAAAGGGAAGUUUGAGAAAGUUGGCUUCACUGUUAAAGAUUUUGCAGGCAUCAAUAUCACCAGAACACACCCACCAGAAAACCUAAGUUGAAGAAGCUGUUCCCAGUUGAUAACUUUUCUGCAGUAUCCCUUCAUUUGUGGUUAUGAAAUAAGCUAUUGGAAGUAAGAUUGAUGCUUCUUGUAGGGUUCUUGUUCUUGUGAUAUUGAAAAAAAUAAGAUGAAUGUUGUAUUUUCA